AGGCCAGCUGGCUGUGACGUCGCAGGCAGCAGCAGGUGUGGACGGUUGGCUUAUUUCUUUAUUUUGGUGUGACUGCUGCAGCUCGCGGGCUCAUGCCACUCCGUGUGGUUGAACUGCAGCGGGUUUCGGUCCAGGUCCAGGUCCGGGUGUGAACCCUGUCUGUGCGGCUCCCUCUCGAGAUGUCGUCGGCCGAACAUGACGGAACCUUCAGCCAGCUCAAUAAGUUUGAGAAGCUGUCGUGGAGGCCCUCGAUCCGCGACUCAGGCUCCAAGAAGCGGGCACGGUGGCUUCAGGCUCGGCGCAUCUUCUCCCCUUCCUGCCCCAACCUGCGGAUCCCCAACAGGUUUCUGAGAGAAGGACACUGUGUACCUCCUGCCCGUAGUGGCCACCGCUGUGUUGCAGACAGCACCAACCUGUACGUGUUUGGAGGCUAUAACCCAGACUUUGAGGAGGCAGGCGGGUCAGAGAAUGAAGACUACCCUCUCUUCAGGGAGCUUUGGCGGUUUCAUUUUGCUACAGCCACCUGGCAGCAGGUUCGCACAGAGGGUUACAUGCCCACAGAGCUGGCCUCCAUGUCAGCUGUCUUACAUGGCAACAACCUGCUUGUAUUUGGUGGCACUGGGAUUCCAUUUGGUGAAAACAACGGCAAUGACGUUCAUGUUUGUAACGUUCAGUACAAACGAUGGAACCUGCUCAACUGUAGAGGGAAGAAACCCAACAAGAUCUACGGACAGGCGAUGGUCAUCAUAAAUGGCUACCUCUAUGUGUUUGGCGGGACAACAGGCUACCUUUACAGCACCGACCUGCACAGGCUGGACCUGACCACAAGAGAGUGGACCCACCUCAAACCCAGCAACGCACCCUCAGAUCUACCCGAGGAGAGGUACAGACAUGAACUAGCUCACGAUGGACAGAGAAUAUACAUUUUAGGAGGUGGGACCUCCUGGACGUCAUAUCCUCUGGACAAGAUCCACGCAUAUAACUUGGAGACAAAUUACUGGGAAGAAAUAGUCACCAAACCCCAUGAAAAAAUAGGAUAUCCUGCUGCCCGCCGUUGUCACAGCUGUGUGCAGGUCAAGGAUGAGGUGUUUAUAUGCGGGGGAUAUAACGGAGAGACGAUCCUAUCUGACCUGUGGAAGAUCAACUUGCAGACUUCCCAGUGGACCAAACUUCCUGCCGCCAUGCCAGAACCAGCUUACUUUCACUGUGCAGCAGUUACUCCGGCUGGCUGCAUGUACGUCCACGGCGGUGUCGUCAACAUGUCCGGGAACAGACGGACUGGCUCUUUGUACAAAGUGUGGUUGGUGGUGCCCAGCCUGCUGGAACUGACCUGGGAGAAACUGCUGAAAACGUUCCCUCACUUAGCCCAGCUGUCCACCCUUCAGCUGCUCAGCCUAGGACUGACACACACACUAAUUCAGCGUCUCAAAUAGACGCAGCACAGAGACUGAAGGAAGCGGUGUGUGAUGGAACAGCACUGACUCUCAAAUAACUGAUGACUUGGCAAACGAGUUCUCAAAAUGACAAAAAAGUCUGAUGUCAAACGAUUAUGAAAAACUUUGAAUGCCUUUUAACUUUAGUUUUAUGUAAAUGUGCGUGCUUUUUUUUAAAGGGAUACUUCACCACAAAAUGACCAUUUGUGUAUCAGUUACUCACAGCGUGUGUUGAAUUUGUGGAGGAAACUUUGUGUUUCUCGCAUGCCUCCACGGUGAACGGAGAAUCCAAAAAAGACGGUGGUGAGUGACUGAUGCACAGCUGGCCAUUUUGCCUGUGAUGUAUUCUUUUAAAAAAAAAAUGUUUUGAGUUUGCAUGUAUCCAUCAGAAACCAUGCAUCAGUGCGGACACCAAAAUCACUUUUACUUGUGCUUUGCUCUCAUCAUUUUGGGGCCAAUAUGUAGAACAUUCCCUAGUUUUUUGUUUUUUUUAACUACACAUCACGGUCACGGAAACUUGUGGCGCAUGAGCAGGAAUAGUUAGACAUUCCAAAGACCUUAAAAAAGGCUAAUUGAAUGUUGCUUCAGCUAGUGUAAUUUUAGAUUCAAUUCAGAGACUGAGAUGAGCUUGUUUCAGGCCCACUGUGAAGUAGGUUAGAUUAAAAAUGAUCAUCAAACUAUGCUGAUAUAAACUCAAUAGGGAAUUGCGCCAAUUCUCUCCUAAAUCCAAGAAGUUUAAGUGCUAAAACUCAAACUUCAGAGGGUGUGAAGUGUGGAGCUGCUCCAUUGACAAUGAAUUGGGAAAUAUGUUCUAGAUGACACUUGAGAAUAGCGGGGGAAAUGUUCUGAGUAUAUGGGUACAUUUUCUGUUUCAGAAUUGAGAACACUACAAUAGAUUAAAGCUUGUUUGGCUAUAAAAAAGUAAACACACAUAAUGUGAGUCCUCAAAAUCAGGCUCCCAUUCAUUGUCUAUGGAGUAGCUCCAGACCUAAUACCCUAUGACAUCAUACGUUUGAGACUUCUGUGGUUUGUGCUUUGAGAGAGAGCAGCUCAUGUCCACAAAUAUUGAUCAAACUUUCCAAGGCCAUGGAAAUAACAUAUCGGAAUUCUGAAUUUAGGUGGUGUCCCCCUUUAAAUUUCCAUCUAGUUAGUCAGAAAUCAGACAGAUACUCUGAGUAGAGGCACUGCUGACAAAGCAUGGACACAUUGAAACUGUGAUACUUCUUAAAAGUCAAAUUAGGUCAGACAUUUAAAGCAUGUUUUAGUCUUAGGGGCUUUCUGAUGCAUGCUGAUGUUGAGCUGUGAUCAUAGUCAUAUUCAAAAUGUUUGCCUCAGUGGUCACAUUAGCGCCUGAUGAAAACCCAAAGCUUCUUUAAAACACCUGUGACAUGAUGGCAUCACUGUGACUCUUCUAGUGCCUCUUCCUCCAUUCUUCCUCCUCUAGAAGAAACAAGUAAUUUAGAAAUGAAUUUUUACACCUGUAGCUUCACAGUGAUUCUUCAGCCUUUCUUUCCUACAUUUGGUGCCUUCUGAAUUUCCAAAAUGUCACUCGUUACUUUUGCAUGUCUGUAUAUCAGUCUUUUUUUUUUUUUAAGAUUUUAUUUCCGCACAUGAUUUAACAGAAGUCGCUGCUUGCAGCUAAAGAUUUUUCAGACAUUUUUUACCUAUUUAUUUUCAUCACUGUGCUGCUGUUUUAUUUUAUUACAGAACUUUGAAGUGUAGCAGAAGGUGUAGCUACGUUUCUCUUUCACCUGAUGUCAUUUUACCCCAUUUUAACCUUUUAUACUUUAACGUAGGCUGUAUUGUUAUUUUUACUUUUUUUCCCCACAGGACAUUGUGCUGUAAUGCUGUGGUACUUUAAAAACAAGUGGCAUGGGGCUUUUUAAACUAGUGGCAAGGUAGAGUAUGUAAGGCGUACUCAGGAUGUGUUAAUACUGUGAUCACACUCAGUCUGUAGAGCUACGCAAACACUGACCAGGAUGUCAACAGGCUCGCUCAUUUUUCUGAGGAAUGACGACAUGACUUUGAUGAAUUUUGCGGUUACUGUGGACUGUAAAUCUUAAAUACUGUAGUAACACUCCCAGCUGCUUGUGUUGAGUCACAUUUGCCUCCUUUCUCACCUGUUUUGUCAAACUUUACCUUGAAUUUGAAUAUUAGCAUUUUAAUUCACACAUGACUAUCGGUAUAAUACUAAGCUGACUCAUCUAUUAUAUUAUAAUGCCCGAUGUUCACAUUCAAAACUCCACCUCAGUUACUUUGUGUUAUGUUUGACAUGUUAUGGCCUUAUUUAUAUCUUACCAUGAAGCAACAGCUUCACUAUAUGCUCGGACUUGGUAAAUGUACUGCCUUGCUUAAACUGAGAUGUUUAUAUUUGCAUCAUUUUUGAUGUUAAUGAAAGUAAAAAGAUCUCUUUUGCAUGUCGGUACGGUGUGCAUGCCACUUUACAUGAACUCUCGGGAGGAAAGGUGAAUGUCUCCUCAAAAGCAAUUAUGGCUGUACUGUACAUUAUGUUUUGUAAUUCCUGUCUGUACAAACAAUAAAAACACAGCAGCCAGUUUUUCAAAA